UCUCUUCAGCAUAAUCCGAUUAUUUAACCAAUGACUUCAUAGCUUCUUUCUUCUCUUUCCUCUAACAAAAUUGCAAGUGAAAGUCACUGCUUCUUUAUUUUAUGUUUAUAGUUAUUUAUUAGUAUCCAUUAUUAGUGUUCAAAGCUUUACAUCAUGAAUUUUUACUCGUGUUUCAGAUGAAAUCUUCAUCACUUGUUCAUUAUUGUAAUCCCAAUUUAAAUAUGGACCAAUAACAAGUUUUUGAACUGCAUUUGCAUGAAAGCUGCUGUGGAUAUCUAUCUAUUUCGCUCACAUGUUUACACUUGUCCAAUAUUAUUCUCAUUUAUUUUAAGGCUUUGUUGAUAUUUCUCGACCAUUGACUUUAUCUAUUCCAGUGGUAUCAAAAUUUAUCAUGAUUGUCAUUCGUUUCUUGGAAAGUUUGCAGCAGCUUACCAUUACCUAUGUUGGUUUAAAGACUCAGGUUGAGCCAAAUGAUGUACAGAUCAAUCAAAACAUUAUAUCUAUUGGAGAUGCCAAGAUUAAAAUUGUUCCAGAAGAUACAUUCCAGUUUGAUUUUGAUUCUUUUAGAGUGAAUAUCUCUCAAUCUGGCGAAACCUGGUUUGUUUCAAUGAUACUUGGAGCAAAAUUAUGUAAACCAAUCGAUGAACCUAAACUUGAAGAAUGGUGCCCUCCUUUGGAUGAUUUACUGAAUGAUUGGGUGUUCUGUCACCAACACGGCGACAACCCGAUUUCAAUCGAAGAAAUAAAACCCAAACUGUCCAGUCCAUUGGAAUCAAUAGGCCAAAUUACAUUUCUUCUUCAAAAACAGCCAAUGAUGUCAACCGUACUUUUCGAAUCUGAUAAUAAACAUGACAAUCUGGCUAUUCGUAUUAUCAACCCAAGAAUUUACAUUGGUUUGGCAAACAAUUUGAGUAGCUCAAACAUCAGUGAGAUAGCACUUCAACAAGCUGCAGCUAUUCAGUAUAAAAUAUUAUCCAUAAGAGAUAAUCUUGAAGAGAUUAAAGAAUUGAGACAUAGUUUUAAAGUUGAUUGGUACGUAGUAGAUGACAUUUUGUUCACUGAAAUAAUCAAAACAGUUCAACUCAAUGACUUGAACAAAUUUUUCACUGCUCAAAUUGAUGACGAACAUGGUUUUCUUGACUCAUUCAUGUAAAAUUUUACUUAUAAUACAUUUCGAAUAUGAUUGAUCAUCUAAAUGCAAGAUGAUUGUUGUGAUGAUACAAACAGGAGAAUGGAUUGAUUUUUUUUGGAUUUUGCCUACUAUUGGCGCUCCGAUUCGAAAGAAUCUUGAUUUAUUUUGAUAAACAAGUCAACCAAAUGGAAAAUAUAUUUACAACGAAAACAUUGAAAUUUCGUGUAUCAGUCCGUCAAGAAGGUGAAAAGGUAAAAAAGUCAUUUUCUUAAAUUGUAUUUGUCAAAGUGCAACUUUAAUAUAUUAUGGAUUGUUUUUUAUUAAACCAUUACCAAACAAUAAAACAUACUAUAUUUCAAGUUGAAAA